CUUGGUGACCUUCCCGGCGGUGGUGAGGUCGGCAUCUGAUGUCCAGGUGUGUGCCAGUCUCCAGACUGCCAAUGAGACGGUGCUCAUGUCCAUCUACCUGGCCGAUGGAGACCAGAAGAACCUGCUGCACCAGCAGACAGCAGAUAAAGACCUCCACCACUGCUUCACCUUCCAGGCCCCAGUGGUCCACGUGGACUCUCUGCAGAGUAUCAGAGCGGAGGUGCAAGGCCGGACACAUAACUGGACGAGAGCGAGUCGCAUCAAGUUCACACCAAAAGAUUCCCAAGCCGCCAUCUUCAUCCAAACAGACAAGCCCAUAUACAGCCCAGGACAAACAGUGCAUUUCAGACUGGUUACCAUGGAUACCAACUUCAUUGCCCUUCAGCAGACGUACCAGCGAGUUUCACUUCAGGACCAUCGCCGUAACUCCAUUGGCCAAUGGCUGAACGUGACGUCCGAGAGGAGUGUGGUGACGCUAUCCCACCAGCUGAACCCAGAGGCUCCUCAGGGGACCUACAGCCUGACGGUCAACACACACACACAGGACAAGACACACACCUUCCAGGUCAAGAAAUAUGUUUUGCCCAAGUUCGAUGUGACCGUAGAGAGUCCAGAGAAACUCAGUAUUGCCGAGGAGGAGAUUCGACUGAAGGCUUGUGCCAAAUACACGUUUGGUCAGCCUGUGCCUGGGACUGCCUCCAUGUCUCUGUGUCGGGACAAAUACAGAAAGGAACUCUGUGUCAACGAGACCGUGCAGCUGGAUCAGUUUGGCUGUGCCACUCCCGUCUUCGCCAUGGCAACGAUGACCCACCCUGAUGUAAAUAAAAAGCUGAGUGACGUGAUGACCUUCAAGGCCACCGUAGCUGAGGAGGGCACAGGCAUCAGUCGUUCAGCCACCAAAGACAUCCAGCUGGACUACGUUCUUGGGAAAGCUUUCUUUGUUGACACACCAGACGAGAUAGAGAAGAAGGCGGUACUGCAUGGCAAGAUCAGAGCGGUCCACUACAAUGGAACGGUCAUGGCUUUCAGAGCAGUCUAUCUGUUCACGGAUUCAAGGUUGCGUUGGGACCCGCGUCUGAGACAGAAUCUGACCACAGAUGCGACAGGAGAUGCCAACUUCACCCUGGACACGGCUCUACUCAACAUAGACUAUGACGAUGAUCUACGACUCAUCGCCAGCCUGUCUCCUGAGGUGGACUGGCGUACGCCGUACAGAGUAGCACACUACACCUACGAGAGGAAGAAGGUGGACUGGCCUAAACACCCGUCCUCAGACAGCACUCUGGAGGUGCAGGCCAUAGAGGGAGAUCUCCCCUGUGGAGAGGACUCCACCAUCACCGUCAAGUACUACUUCACCCGGGAGACCUUCAAGCAGCCGGUGGAUAUCAUCUAUGUGGUGACGUCGAAAGGGGAGAUUGUCCACCAUGGCUUCACUCAGGCUUCAGUGGUGAGAUCCAAGCACUGGCACGUUGCGGGUGACGUGUCCUUCAAGCUGCCUGUCCGUCCUCACAUGUCUCCCUCAGUGCAGGUUGUGGUCUACUGUGUCCUACCCAGUGAAAUAGUGGUGACUGCAAGCAACACUUUUGCCAUUGAGAAAUGCUUCUCAAAUAAGGUGUCGGUGCAGUUCUGGCCUCCCAGAGCGGUCCCUGGAGAGCAGGGCUCCCUGCAGCUGUCUGCCCAGCCGGGCUCCCUGUGUGGCCUCAGUGCUGUGGACCAGAGCGUCUCCAUCCUCGAGCCGGGCAAACGCCUCAACGCCACACAGGUUACCAUGGCAACAACAACACCUAGCAACAACACCCCAUUACCGUCUACAUGACAGGUUACCAUAGCAACAACACUCCAUCACUGUCUACAUGACAGGUUACCAUAGCAACAACACUCCAUCACUGUCUACAUGACAAUACACUUGUAGUACAUCGUUUCUGUGGACCAGAGCGUCUUCAUCCUCGAGCCGGGCAAACGCCUCAACGCCACACAGGUGUUUGACCUGCUUCCGCAAUUGGACCCGGCGAUUCCACAGGACCUUUGGGAGCCAAUGGAAUGCGUGGAGGUGGAGGUUCGGAACGUGGAAUGCGCGAAGAUGUGGAAUGGGGAAUGCGCGGAGGAUGGGUACAAUCCAUGCGUGGAGUGGCGGGACGGGGAAUGCAUGGCCUUGAUGCCGCCGCCCGACAUUCGGUACCCUUACAGAUUCCGGGGCCAAUCCCCCUACGUCAGGCAGCCCUUCAGACGCAGGAGAAGUUGGUUUUACAUGCAUCGCGAGCCUAUCAUGGCUUUCUAUAAAAGUGGGCUGAAGACAGUGUCCAACCUGUUGCUUUGGACCCCCAACUGUUUGAUCUACAACGGAGAAAAAUAUCAGACUGGUUUCGGGUACAGUGGGAUGGGGCCGGAGGGGCCGCCGGGGCGAGACGGCGUACCUGGAG